UUUUUUAAAAUUUUUUUCUUCCCAGAAAUGUUUCCUUAUAUAUAAGCAUUCUUAUCCAUAUCGGUACUACAAGCAAACCUGAUUAACUUUUGCCGCCCGUGCUGUUGUCAGCCGUUAUAAGUUUCCUACGCUUUUUAUUCCUGAACAUAAGGUAGGAAGCACUUGGCAUGCUUAUUGUCGAAUGGAGACGCCUCGUGGUCACGAUGCCUCCAUGUCAGUCAUGGGUGCUCUAUCUCUUGUGGAGUUGAUCCAGCCACUGACUUGCUUCAGAUCUGCAAAGUAGUAGGCACUGAAUAUGGGUGAAAGAUGAAAGAAGAAGGGAAUCUCCCUAUUAAGGUAUUUUCCUGCCUCCUGUUCCAGUCCGAAAUUUAUAUUUCUCGUGACGGCAUGCUGUUAACCUCGGCAGCUAUUCGUGUAAGCCAGAGAUCGAUACUGAUCCUGAUCUUGAUUCCAAACCCGACGAGACGGUUACAGGGAUUAUGAUAUGAUAUGAAGUGACGCUGAUCCACUCUGCAAAUAAGCAAAUUGGCCAGUUUACGUACAGAGAUGAGCAUCUAAUCUAGCGUAGAUGGCCUUUCUAUCUCUGUGUGACCUACCACGCCUAUCUUGGGCGCCAAUGCGCGCUGAGAAACGAUCAAGUAUAUCCAGAUUUCAGUAUGUAUGGAUACAAACAGAGUGUUGGUAAACAUGUCAGGCCUCAAUUUGCAGCUCAAAGUUGUGUAACAAGGCCAGCAUUCGUGGGUAGUUGCAGUAGUGAAGAUGAACUUGUGAUUACUAGGGCCAACUUCAACAGAUGGCAAUUAUAGUCCCUCAUAACUGCUCCGGCGGUAGAUAAACUGAUAAUGGAUACAACUGCACUUCCGCGGGCAUAUAAGCGCAACAGGAGAUGGCGGAGAAAUGGACAACACCAAGUAUCUCGCCUCACAAUUUGGCAGUAGAAAAUACCUCGCUGUAUGCUAGACAGGGUAAGGUAGGUCCAUUGUUAUCUGAGCCGGCGCGCCGAGCUCCCUGAACCACGCUACUUCUAACGACAGAGGCCCUAGAGGAGGGGAUGGGAGGGGAGGGGAAAAGAGAAGACGCAUAUGCGGAGGUAGCUUUGCAGCAAUAAUUUGGCGGAAGGGUACUUGCCGUAGCUCCCGUCCGGACUCCGAGGCCGUAAACGGAGCUGUCUCAUCCCCAGAAAAAAUUCUAGACAACAUCGGACUGCCCUGGACAUAAUGUACAGAGGGUAGCUCCAGAGCCUACAGGUACUUAACCUGACCUGGAGUUUUUCCCGCGCUGUCCAAUUCAGACUAAGGUGGAAUGGUAGAACACCACCACCACCAGCCUCUGAACUACUUUUUUGCUCCAUCGCCUCCGCUCGGCUUUCGACUUUCUUUCUUGCAUUUCCUACACCAGAACUGCCGGCGACAAGACUCAUCAUUCAUUGAUCGGUGUAUUCGAAUAGACCGAGGCGAAAAAAGAACAGGGCUCGGACAUAGCAACCACUUUGCACGGUCUUUUCAGCUCCAGCAAGUCGAGGCCAUAUUUUUCGCCCCUACCUACCUAGGCCUUAUCUCAACUUUGACAUCGUCAUCGUUUUAGCGACCAUCCUCCGGCGCAACUCCAUAUCUUGAGCCUCCUGCAACCCCGUACACGACACAGCCGACUCCGUCUACGGCACAAGUCGCUCGCCGUCACUUUUAUAGCAGCAAUUGCCUCGAUACCUCCUCCAGUCGCCAACCUGGCGGCCCUCGAGACCAAGCCUUUCGGCGGAGCAUCGGAAGCUGUGGCCGCCAUGGCCCAGCCAAGUGCAGAGCCAGUCGAAGAAUACGACUAUGAAUCCCUCCCGCCCAACUUCUCCCUGCUGCAGAACAUGGCAGCAGGCGCCUUUGCGGGCAUAGCAGAGCACACUGCCAUGUAUCCCAUUGAUGCAAUCAAGACCAGAAUGCAAAUCCUCAACCCCAGCACCACACCGGCCUACUCGGGCGUCAUUCGUAAUACCGUUCAGAUUGCCCGCACCGAGGGAUUCUUCAGCUUAUGGCGCGGCAUGUCUAGUGUCAUAGUUGGAGCUGGUCCUGCACAUGCCGUCUACUUUGCAACAUACGAAGCAGUCAAACAUGCUAUGGGCGGUAACCAGGCCGGUGUUCACCAUCCCCUCGCUGCUGCCACCAGUGGUGCCGCUGCCACUAUUGCUAGCGACGCGUUCAUGAACCCUUUCGAUGUCAUCAAGCAGCGCAUGCAGAUUCAAAAUUCGAGCAAGAUGUACCGAUCCAUGCUGGACUGCGCCAAGUAUGUCUACAAGUCCGAGGGCUUGGGCGCUUUCUACAUCUCUUACCCCACGACGCUAUCCAUGACAGUCCCUUUCACAGCUCUACAGUUCCUCGCAUACGAGUCUAUUUCUACCGCCAUGAACCCCGCAAAGAACUACGACCCCUUGACACAUUGUUUGGCUGGUGCCGUUGCUGGUGGCUUUGCUGCUGGUCUUACCACCCCCAUGGAUGUCAUCAAGACUAUGCUCCAGACUCGCGGAACCUCCACCGACCCCGAGGUGAGAAGUGUCAACAGCUUUAUCGGAGGCUGUCGCCUAUUAUAUCAAAGAGCCGGUGUCAGAGGCUUCUUCAAGGGCGUGCGACCUCGCAUUGUUACCACAAUGCCCAGCACAGCCAUCUGCUGGUCGGCAUAUGAGUUUUCAAAGUCCUAUUUCAUCAAGCGCAACGAUGCUGCCUGAACAUCUCAUCUAAGUCUUGGAAAAUUUGGAUGGCCAAACCUCAACUCUGCAUAGAUUUGCAACCAUAUUCGACACCCUGCGAUUAUCUCCAUGAGAGAUGGAUUUGGGAGCGAGGGCGCUUUAGAGAGCAUGGAUAUGGGACUGAGACGACUAUAACGACAACAUCCGAAAUACCCUUGAACAAUAACCUUUUGAUUCGACGCUUCCCCGAUUCGGUUCGAGCCCUUUAUACCGAGGACCUCUACCGACUUUGCAAAUGACCACGACUUUCCCAAGGACGACGGUUGAGUGAAGAUCGAGGCAAGCGACGGAUUGUGUACAUAAAGAAAUAUCAUCACUUCUUACGAACGAAAAAAUCGGAGAGCGGCGACAUGUAUGGGAAACGGAUGAGGUAUUGCUAGUGUUGAUUCACGCAGUUAGACAGCGGAGGAGUGUUAUGAUACGUUGUCUGUUAUUACUUAUGUCAAAAUACUAAGCGGGUAUGCUUUGACAACAUACAAUUUCCAACUGGUCUUGAUUCUCACAUUAUCUUGGACCUAGCACAGGCUGUGACUAUUCCGAUUGGAGCAAUGGGUUUGUUCUGUUCCUCAAGGUGGCAAAGCAUGUCCAUUGCGAUGUCGCUGUUGCGCCGACGUCGGCGGUGGUGAUAUUGUGCCGAGGCCGAGCAACCACGCUUCAUCGAGUUACUGAAAAUUAGGCAAAUAGAUUGACAUAUUGAUUUGACUUAGAUAUUUGCGGUAUAAAGUAAGAAUUCUCAAGGUAUACGAUCUCGCUAUGUACUGUUCUUGACGUAAGUGAGCGAUCUACGGAAACUCCGACGCCAUUAACCCCAA